GCUGCUGGGUGGGAGCCUUGUCGGUCCUGGACCCGUGGAGGGAGGUGAGACCCAGCAGCCCCUGCCCCACCAUCUGAGCCCCUCGCCUGGGUGCUGCCCAGUGCCCUCGGUAGAGACAGGUUCCCUCCACCUCCCCCCACAAUCAUGGAUCACUCCUUCAGUGGUGCCCCCCGCUUCCUAACUCGGCCCAAGGCCUUCAUGGUGUCGGUGGGGAAGGAUGCCACGCUGAGCUGCCAGAUCAUAGGCAACCCCACGCCACAAGUCAGCUGGGAGAAGGACCGGCAGCCAGUGAAGGCGGGCGCUCGCUUCCGCCUGGCCCAGGACGGGGACCUGUACCGCCUCACCAUCCUGGACCUGGCGCUGGGCGAUAGCGGGCAGUAUGUAUGCCGUGCGCGCAAUGCCAUCGGCGAGGCCUUCGCGGCAGUGGGCCUGCAGGUGGACGCUGAGGCAGCGUGCGCCGAACAAGCACCCCACUUCCUGCUGCGGCCCACAUCCAUCCGCGUGCGCGAGGGCGCUGAAGCCACUUUCCACUGCCGAGUGCGCGGUUCGCCACCUAUGUCGGUGAGCUGGGCCAAGGAUGGGAGGCGCCUGGGCUCGCCAGACGCCCCUCGAGUGCGCGUGGAGGCGAGCGGCGAGGAGGCCGCGCUGCGCAUCCAGGACGCGAGACCGCGCGACAGUGGCACCUACAUAGUGCACGCAGAGAACCCGCUGGGCGCAGCUAGCGCCGCGGCGGGUCUCACAGUAGACGCGGAUGCAGACGCGGCAAGCCCACCCGGGGCCUCCACAGCCAUGCUCUUGGCGCACUUGCAGCGGCGGCGCGAGGCUAUGCGCGCGGAGGGUGCCCCGGGCUCUCCUCCCAGCAUCGGCACACGCACCUGUACGGUGACUGAGGGCAAGCACGCACGCCUCAGCUGCUUCGUGACAGGAGAGCCCAAGCCUGAGAUAGCGUGGAAGAAGGAUGGGCAGCUGGUGGCCGAGGGCCGGCGACAUUUAGUGUACGAGGACGCGCAGGAGAACUUCGUGCUCAAGAUCCUCUUCUGCAAGCAGUCAGACUGCGGCCUCUAUACUUGCACUGCGUCCAACCUCGUGGGCCAGACCUACAGUUCCGUGUUGGUUGUUGUGCGAGAGCCUGCGGUGCCUUUCAAGAAGCGGUUGCAGGACCUGGAAGUGCCAGAGAAAGCGUCCGCCACGUUCCAGUGUGAGGUGCUGCUGCCGGCCACCGAGUCUGCGUGGUACAAGGAGGAGACGCGGCUGUGGGCCAGCGACAAGUAUCGCAUCGAGGAAGCAGGCACCGAACGCCGGCUGACUGUGCUCAACGUCUCUUCCGACGACGAUGCCGUGUACAUCUGUGAGACAGCGGAGGGCAGUCGCACGGUGGCUGAGCUGGCGGUGCAAGGCAACCUUCUCCGAAAGCUCCCAAGGAAGACAGCUGUGCGAGUGGGAGACACAGCCAUGUUCUGUGUGGAGCUGGCCAGGCCAGAAGGCCCCAUCCACUGGCUGCGGAACCAGAAGGAGGUGGUGGCUGGGGGCCGAGUGGCCAUCACUGCUGAAGGCACAUGCCACACGCUCAUCAUCUCCCAGUGCAGCCUGGAGGAUGUGGGUGAGGUGGCCUUUGUGGCUGGGGACUGCCGGACGUCCACCCAGUUCUGUGUGUCGGGCCCCAGAAGGCCGCCUCUGCAUGCUCCUGAGGCCCCAGUGGUGAAGGCCAGGACGGAGAGCUCUGUGACCCUUGGCUGGUCCCCACCGGCCCAUGGGGACCGCCCUGUGGCUAUCAAUGGCUACCUGGUAGAGAAGAGGCGACUGGGUGCCUACACCUGGACCCGGUGCCAUGAAGACGAGUGGGUGGCCAUGCCUGAGCUGACUGUGGCUGGUGUGGCUGAAGAGGGUGAAUUCCAGUUCCGGGUGUCAGCUGUGAACAGCUUUGGCCAGAGCCCCUACCUCGAGUUCCCAGGGACUGUACACCUGGUUCCCCAGCUGGCUGUGAAGACACCUCUGAAGGCAGUGGAGGCGGUAGAAGGCGGCGAGGUGACCUUUUCUGUGGACCUCACUGUGGCCUCAGCAGGGGAGUGGUUCCUGGAUGGGCAGGCCCUGAAGGCCAGCAAUAUGUAUGUGAUCCACUGUGAUGGCACCCGGCACACUCUCACCAUCCGCUCAGUGCCUGUCAGCCUGCACGGUGUUGAACUCAAGUUCGUGGCCAAUGGCAUUGAGAGCAGCAUCCGCAUGGAGGUCCGAGCAGCCCUUGGGCUGACAACCAAGCAUCCAGCUGUGGCAGUGGCAGCACGGGAGGUGUUGGCUCGGCUGCAUGAGGAGGCCCAGCUCCUGGCCGAGCUCUCAGACCAGGCUGCAGCCGUGACAUGGCUCAAGGAUGGACAUGCACUACCCCCAGGCCCCAAGUAUGAGGUGCAGGCAUCAGCCGGGCAGCGGGCACUGCUGGUGCGGGACGUGAAGAGAGAAGAUGCAGGCCUGUACGAGUGCAUCAGCCAUGGAGACCGCAUCGCCUACCAGUUGUUGGUGCAAGAGCCCUCUGCAGUAUUUAUCAAGGGGCAGCCAGCGCAUAAGGAGGUGCAGGCUGUGGCAGGGGCCAGCACCACACUGAGCUGCGAGGUGACCCAGGCCCAGACGGAGGUCACAUGGUACAAGAAUAAGAAGAAGCUGAGUUCGAGCUCAAAUGUGCGUGUGGAGGCCAAGGGCUGCACCCGGAGGCUGGUGGUGCAGCAGGCGGGCAAGGCAGAUGCCGGGGAGUACAGCUGCGAGGCCGGGGGCCAGAAGGUGUCCUUCCACCUGAAUGUCACAGAGCCCUCAGUGGUGUUCACCAAGGAGCAGCCAGCUCGCAGUGAAGUGCAGGCUGUGGCAGGGGCCAGUGCCAUGCUGAGCUGUGAGGUGGCCCAGGCCCAGACGGAGGUGACUUGGUACAAGGAUGGGAAGAAGCUGAGUUCAAGCUCAAAAGUGCGUGUAGAGGCCAAAGGCUGCAACCGGAGGCUGGUGGUGCAGCAGGCAGGCAAGGCAGAUGCCGGGGAAUAUAGCUGUGAGGCUGGGGGCCAGAAGGUCUCCUUCCAUCUGGAUGUCACAGAGCCCUCAGUGGUAUUUGCCAAGGAGCAGCCAGCACGCACUGAAGUGCAAGCCAUGGCCGGAGCCAGUGCCACGCUGAGCUGUGAAGUGGUCCAGGCCCAGACAGAGGUGACAUGGUACAAGGAUGGGAAGAAGCUGAGUUCGAGCUCAAAAGUGCAUGUGGAGGCCAAGGGCUGCACCCGGAGGCUGGUGGUGCAGCAGGCGGGCAAGGCAGAUGCUGGGGAGUACAGCUGUGAGGCCGGGGGCAAGAAGGUCUCUUUCCACCUGGAUGUCACAGAGCCCUCAGUGGUGUUUGCCAAGGAGCAGCCGGCACGCACUGAAGUGCAGGCUGUGGCGGGGGCCAGUGCCACGCUGAGCUGUGAGGUGGCCCAGGCCCAGACGGAGGUGACAUGGUACAAGGAUGGGAAGAAGCUGAGUUCGAGCUCAAAAGUGCGUGUGGAGGCCAAGGGCUGCACCCGGAGGCUGGUGGUGCAGCAGGCGGGCAAGGCAGAUGCCGGGGAGUACAGCUGCGAGUCUGGGGGUCAGAAGGUCUCCUUCCACCUGGAUGUCACAGAGCCCUCAGUGGUGUUUGCCAAGGAGCAGCCUUCACACAGUGAAAUGCAGGCUGUGGUGGGGGCCAGUGCUGCACUGAGCUGUGAGGUGGCCCAGGCCCAGACAGAGGUGACUUGGUACAAGGAUGGGAAGAAGCUGACUUCAAGCUCAAAAGUGCGUGUGGAGGCCAAGGACUGCACUCGGAAGCUGGUGGUACAGAAGGCGGGCAAGGCAGAUACCGGGGAGUACAGCUGCGAGGCUGGGGGCCAAAAGGUCUCCUUCUACCUGGAUGUCACAGAGCCCUCAGUGGUGUUUGCCAAGCAGCAGCUGGCCUGCAGUGAAGUGCAAGCCAUGGCAGGGGCCAGUGCCACGCUGAGCUGUGAGGUGGCCCAGGCCCAGACGGAGGUGACGUGGUACAAGGAUGGGAAGAAGCUGAGUUCGAGCUCAAAAGUGCGUGUGGAGGCCAAGGGCUGCACCCGGAGGCUGGUGGUGCAGCAGGCGGGCAAGGCAGAUGCCGGGGAGUACAGCUGCGAGUCUGGGGGCCAGAAGGUCUCCUUCCACCUGGAUGUCACAGAGCCCUCAGUGGUGUUUGCCAAGGAGCAGCCAGCACGCACUGAAGUGCAAGCCAUGGCCGGAGCCAGUGCCACACUGAGCUGUGAGGUGGCCCAGGCCCAGACAGGGGUGACAUGGUACAAGGAUGGGAAGAAGCUGAGUUCGAGCUCAAAAGUGCAUGUGGAGGCCAAGGGCUGCACCCGGAGGCUGGUGGUGCAGCAGGCGGGCAAGGCAGAUGCCGGGGAGUACAGCUGCGAGGCUGGGGACCAGAAGGUCUCCUUCCACCUGGACAUCACAGAGCCCUCAGUGGUGUUUGCCAAGGAGCAGCCAUCAAGCAGUGCAGUGCAGGCUGUGAUGGGGGCCAGUGCCACACUGAACUGUGAGGUGGCCCAGGCCCAGACGGAGGUGACGUGGUACAAGGAUGGGAAGAAGCUGAGUUCGAGCUCAAAAGUGCGUGUGGAGGCCAAGGGCUGCACCCGGAGGCUGGUGGUGCAGCAGGCGGGCAAGGCAGAUGCCGGGGAGUACAGCUGCGAGUCUGGGGGUCAGAAGGUCUCCUUCCACCUGGAUGUCACAGAGCCCUCAGUGGUGUUUGCCAAGGAGCAGCCAGCAUGCACUGAAGUGCAGGCCAUGGCGGGGGCCAGUGCCACACUCAACUGUGAGGUGGCCCAGGCCCAGACAGAGGUGACAUGGUACAAGGAUGGGAAGAAGCUGAGUUCGAGCUCAAAAGUGCGUGUGGAGGCCAAGGGCUGUACCCGGAGGCUGGUGGUACAGAAGGCGGGCAAGGCAGAUGCUGGGGAGUACAGCUGCGAGGCUGGGGAUCAGAAGGUCUCCUUCCACCUGGAUGUCACAGAGCCCUCAGUGGUGUUUGCCAAGGAGCAGAAGUCAUACAGUGAAGUGCAGGCUGUCACAGGGGCCAGUGCCACACUGAGCUGUGAGGUGGCCCAGGCCCAGACAGAGGUGACAUGGUACAAGGAUGGGAAGAAGCUGAGUUCGAGCUCAAAAGUGCGUGUGGAGGCCAAGGGCUGCACCCGGAGGCUGGUGGUGCAGCAGGCGGGCAAGGCAGAUGCCGGGGAGUACAGCUGCGAGUCUGGGGGUCAGAAGGUCUCCUUCCACCUGGAUGUCACAGAGCCCUCAGUGGUGUUCGCCAAGGAGCAGCCGGCAUGCAGUGAGGUGCAGGCUGUGAUAGGGGCCAGUGCCACACUGAACUGUGAGGUGGCCCAGGCCCAGACAGAGGUGACAUGGUACAAGGAUGGGAAGAAGCUGACUUCAAGCUCAAAAGUGCGUGUGGAGGCCAAGGGCUGUACCCGGAGGCUGGUGGUGCAGCAGGCGGGCAAGGCAGAUGCUGGGGAGUACAGCUGCGAGUCUGGGGGUCAGAAGGUCUCCUUCCACCUGGAUGUCACAGAGCCCUUGGUGGCAUUUGCCAAGGAGCAGCCAGCAUGCACUGAAGUGCAGGCUGUGACGGGGGCCAGUGCCACGCUGACCUGUGAUGUGGCCCAGGCCCAGACAGAGGUUACAUGGUACAAGGAUGGGAAGAAGCUGACUUCAAGCUCAAAAGUGCGUGUAGAGGCCAAGGGCUGCACCCGGAGGCUGGUGGUGCAUCAGGCGGGCAAGGCAGAUGCCGGGGAGUACAGCUGUGAGGCUGGGGGUCAGAAGGUCUCCUUCCACCUGGAUGUCACAGAGCCCAUGGCGGUGUUUGCCAAGGAGCAGCCGGCAUGCAGUGAAGUGCAGGCCAUGGCAGGGGCCAGUGCCACUCUGAGCUGUGAGGUGGCCCAGGCCCAGACAGAGGUGACAUGGUACAAGGAUGGGAAGAAGCUAACUUCGAGCUCAAAAGUGCAUGUGGAGGCCAAGGGCUGCACCCGGAGGCUGAUGGUGCAUCAGGCGGGCAAGGCAGAUGCUGGGGAAUAUACCUGCAAAGCUGGGGGCCAGAAGGUCUCCUUCCACCUGGAUGUCACAGAGCCUAUGGUGGUGUUUGCCAAGGAGCAGUUAAUGUGCAGGGAGGUACAGGCCAAGGCAGGAGCCAGCACCACACUGAGCUGCGAGGUGGCCCAGGCCCAGACGGAGGUGACAUGGUACAAGGACGGGAAGAAGUUGAGUGCAAGCUCGAAGGUGCACGUGGAGGCCAAGGGCUGCACCCGGAGGCUGGUGGUGCAGCAGGUGGGCAAGGCAGAUGCUGGGGAGUACAGCUGCGAAGCCGGUGGCCAGAAGGUCUCUUUCCACCUAGAUGUCACAGAGCCUGAGCUUGAGCUCGCAGCCCUGGAAAGGCCAAGACGUAGGGAACCUCUGGUGGUCAAGGAACAUGAGGACAUCGUCCUGACAGCCACACUGGCCACACCCUCUGUGGCUGCGGUGACAUGGCUCAAGGAUGGCGUGGAGAUUCGCCGCAGCAAGCGGCAUGAGAUGGCCAGCCUGGGGGAAACCCACACCUUGACUGUGCAUGGUGCGCAGACCCUGGACAGUGCAGUCUACAGCUGCCGCGUUGGCGCCGAGGGGCAGGACUUUCCGGUGCAGGUGGAAGAGGUGGCUGCCAAGUUCUGUCGUCCUUUGGAGUCUAUGAGCGGGGAGCUAGGCGGCACGGUGACGCUGACCUGCGAGCUGAGCCCUGCUCAGGCCGAAGCGGUGUGGCGCUGCGGGAACACGCAACUCCGGGCUGGCAAACGUUUCCAGAUGGCGGCUGCGGGACUUCAGCGCUCUCUCACUGUGACCGGCCUGCGAGCGGAGGAUGCUGGGGAGUACGUGUGCCAGAGUCGCGACGACCGCACCAGCGCCACACUCACCGUUAGAGUGCCUCGCAUGGUCAAGUUCACGUCCCCGCUGAGCGCAGUGGUUGCAGAGGAGGGCUGCGAGGCUAACUUCCAGUGCGUGGUGACCCCCAGUGAUGUGGCAGUCACGUGGUUCCGGGAUGGCCUUCAGCUACAGCUCAGCGAGAAGUUUCUCAUAUCGCAGAGGGGUGCCAGCCACAGCCUGACCAUCUUGAGCCUGGCCUUGGAGGACUCCGGCCAGAUCACCGCGGAGGCUGAGGGUGUCAAGUCUACAGCUGCGCUCAGGGUCCGAGAGGCUCCAGUGCUGUUCAAAAAGAAGCUUGAGCCACAGACCGUGGAGGAGCGGAGCUCGGUGACCAUGGCAGUAGAGCUGACACGGCAGUGGCCAGAGGUCAAGUGGACACGCAAUGCUGCGGCCCUGGUACCUGGCGAGAAUGUGGAGAUCCACGCAGAGGGCGAGAGUCACCGCUUGGUUCUCCACAAUGUGGGUUUUGCUGACCGUGGUUUCUAUGGCUGUGAGACACCAGAUGACAAGACACAGGCCAAACUGACAGUGGAAAUGCGCCAGGUCCGGCUUGUGCGGGGCUUGCAAGCAGUGGAGGCACAGGAGCAGGGUGUCGCCACAAUGGAAGUAGAACUGUCUCAUGCCGAUGUGGAGGGCAGCUGGACUCGAGACGGUCUUCGACUCCAGCCAGGACCCACGUGCCAGCUGGCAGUGCAUGGCCCCACCCAUAGCCUCACACUGUCACAGCUGCAGCGGCAGGAUGGAGGCCUUGUCACCUUCAGGGCAGAGGGCGUGCACACAUCAGCGCAACUGGUGGUCACUGAGCUGCCUGUGAAGUUCACCCGUCCUCUGCAGGAUGUGGUGGCUACAGAAAAGGACAAAGUCGUCCUGGACUGUGAGCUCUCACGCCCCAAUGUGGAUGUGCGCUGGUUGAAGGAUGGUGUGGAGCUGCGGCUGAGCAAGACGGUGGGCAUGGUGGCCCAAGGAUCUUGCAGGAGUCUCAUCAUUUACCGGUGUGAACUUGGGGACCAGGGUGUAUAUAUGUGUGAUGCCCAUGAUGCUCAGACCUCAGCCUCUCUGAAGGUGCAAGGCCGAAAUAUCCAGAUCGUGAGGCCCCUGGAAGACGUGGAAGUGAUGGAGAAGGAGGGUGCCACCUUCUCCUGUGAGGUCUCCCAUGAUGAGGUGCCUGCCCACUGGUUCCGGGAGGGCAUUAAGCUUCGACCCACUGAUAAUGUGCGCAUCCGCCAGGAAGGAAGGACAUACACUCUCAUCUAUCGGAGGGUCCUGGUGGGUGAUGCAGGGGAAAUCAAAUUUGUAGCUGAAAAUGCAGAAUCACGAGCCCAGCUUCGAGUCAAAGAGCUGCCCGUGGCCAUCCUACGCCCACUGAGGGAUAAGAUCGCAAUGGAGAAGCACCGAGGUGUGCUCGAGUGCCAGAUGUCGAGGGCCAGCGCCCAGGUGCGGUGGUUCAAGGGCAGUGUGGAACUGCAGCCGGGAGCCAAAUAUGAGAUGAUCAGUGAUGGCCUUUACCGCAAGCUAGUCAUCAAUGCUGUCCAGCCUGAGGAUGAGGACACGUAUACCUGUGAUGCUGGCGAUGUUAAGACCAGUGCCCAGUUCUUUGUGGAAGAGCAAUCCAUCACUAUCGUGCGGGGCCUGCAGGAUGUGACGGUGAUGGAGCCUGCCCCUGCCUGGUUCGAGUGUGAGCUCUCCAUCCCCUCAGUGCGGCCUCCUAAGUGGCUCCUGGGGAAGACGGUUCUGCAGGCAGGGGCUGAUGUGGGAAUAGAGCAGGAGGGCACAGUGCACCGACUGACUCUGCGGCGGACCUUCUCCACCAUGACGGGGCCAGUGCACUUCACCAUUGGCAAAUCACGCUCCACGGCCUCCCUGGUUGUCUCAGACAUUCCCAUGGUGCUCACGCGGCCACUGGAGCCCAAGGUGGGACGUGAGCUGCAGUCGGUAGUUCUGUCUUGUGACUUCAAGCCGCCCCCCAAGGCAGUGCAGUGGUACAAGGAGGAGACACCCUUGGCGCCAUCUGGCAAGUUCAAGAUGAGGCUGGAGGGUCACAUGGCAGAGCUGCGAGUCCUGAGGCUCACACCCGCAGAUGCUGGUGUUUACCGGUGCCAGGCUGGCAGCGCCCAGAGCAGCGCUGAGGUCACCGUGGAAGUGCGGGAGGUGAUGGUGACACAGCCACUGCAAGAUUUGGAGGUCACAGAGGAGGGCUCUGCCUGCUUCUCCUGCGAGCUUUCCCACGAGGAUGAGGAGGUGGAAUGGUCACUCAAUGGGACGCCACUGUAUAACGACAGCUUCCAUGAGAUUACCCACGAGGGCCGCCGCCACACGCUGGUGCUGAAGCGGGUCCGGCAGGCUGAUAGGGGCACUGUGUGUGCCUCCUCCCCUAAGGUUACAGCCUCAGCCCACCUGGAGGUCAAAGGGAAGCCGGUGGUGUUCCUGAAGGCGCUGGAUGAUAUGUCUGUGGAGGAGCGGGGCACACUGGCCUUGCAGUGUGAGGUCUCUGACCACCAGGCCCAUGUGGUGUGGCGAAAGGAUGGUGUGGAGCUGGGCCCCAGUGACAAGUAUGACUUCCUGCAUACAGCGGGCACUCGGGGACUUGUGGUGCAUGACCUGAGCCGGGACGAUGCUGGCCUGUACACCUGCGACGUGGGCACUGAUGAGACCCAUGCCCGUGUCAGCGUGCACGAUCUGCAUGUGGGCAUCACCAAAAGGCUGAAGACAGUGGAGGUGCUGGUGGGUGAGAGCUGCAGCUUCGAAUGUGUCCUGUCCCACGAGAACACUGGCGAUGUGGCUGUGUGGACAGUUGGUGGGAAAACGGUGGCUGGCUCUGACCGUUUCCAGGCCACUCGCCAGGGCCGCAAGUACACUCUGGUUGUCCGAGACGCUGUGCCAAGUGACGCUGGGGAGGUGGUCUUCUCUGUGCGGGACCUUACCUCCAAGGCCUCGCUCAUCGUCAGAGAGAGGCUGGUAGACAUCGUGAAGCCACUGGAAGACCAGCAGGCCAUGCUGGGUGAGGAUGUGGUGCUGAGGUGUGAGCUUUCCCGGGAGGGAAUCCCAGUGCACUGGCUGAAGGAUGGGAAGGCCAUUCGCAAGAGUAAGAAGUAUGAGGUGCUCACUGAAGGCACCUGGGCCAUGCUAGUUGUCCAUGCAGCCUCUCUCAAAGAUUGUGGCGAGUACACGUGUGAGACAGAGUCUUCCAAAAGCACAGCCAGCCUCCACUUGGAAGAAAAGCCAAAUCGAUUCACAGAGGAGCUGGCUGACCUGCAGGUGGAGGAGAAGGGCACAGCUGUGUUUGCCUGCAAGACGGAGCGCCCUGCUGCCUCAGUGACCUGGUGCAAGGGCCUCACAGAGCUGCGAGCUUCAGGGAAGCACAUUCCCAGCCAGGAGGGCCUGACCUUGAGGCUCACCAUCAGUGCCCUGGAGAAGGCAGACAGUGACACCUACACCUGUAACAUUGGCCAGGCCCAGUCCCAGGCCCGGCUUCUGGUACAAGGCCAGAAAGUGUUCAUUAUGGAGGACCUGGAGGACGCGGAGGUGCAAGAGGGCUCCUCGGCUACCUUCUGCUGCCGCAUCUCCCCUGCCGACUAUAAGCCCGUCCACUGGUUCUUGGACAAAACCCCCCUGUAUGCCAACGAACUCAAUGAAAUUGAGGCCCAGCCUGGUGGCUACCAUGUACUGACCCUGCGGCAGCUGGCACUCAAGGAUUCAGGCACUGUCCACUUUGAGGCAGGCGACCAGCGGGCCUCGGCUGCCUUGAGGGUCACAGAGAAGCCAAGUGUUUUCUCCCAGGAGCUUACAGAUGUCACAGUCACAGAGGGGGAGGAUCUGACCCUGGUCUGUGAGACUGCUGCCUUAGACAACCCUGUGUGCUGGACCAAGGACGGGAAGGCCCUGCGGCCAUCGGCCCGGUGCCGGCAGACCUAUGAGGGCCGCCGGGCCCAGUUGGUCAUCACUGACACCACCCUGCAGGACAGUGGGCGCUACAAAUGUGAGACUGGGGGCGCCUGGAGCAGCUCCAUUGUCAGGGUCCAUGCUCGGCCAGUGUGGUUCCGAGAGGGGCUGAAGGACAUGGAGGUACUGGAGGGUGGAGCUGCCACACUGCGCUGCAUGCUGUCAUCAGUGGCCAUGCCUGUGGAGUGGCGUUGUGGAGAUGAGGUUCUGAAGCCUGGGGGCAAGUACAGUCUGAGACAGGAAGGUACCAUGCUGGAGCUGGUGGUCCGAGACCUGCGGCCUCAGGACACUGGGCAGUACUGUUGUUGCUUUGGGGACCAGAUGACAUCAGCCAAACUCACCGUGAAGGCCCUGCCUGCUGAGUUCAUAGGAAGACUGAGAAGCAAGGAGGCCAAAGAAGGGGUCACAGCCACGCUGCGCUGUGAGCUGAGUAAAGAGGCCCCAGUGGAGUGGAAGAAGGGGCCUGAGACCCUCAGAGCUGGUGGCAGAGUGAGUCUGAAGCAGGAAGGAGCUGUGUGUGAACUGGAGAUUCAGGACCUGACCGUGGCAGAUGCCGGGGAGUACUCAUGCGUGUGUGGGCAGGAGAGAACCUCGGCCACACUCACCGUCAUGGCCCUGCCUGCUGAGUUCAUAAGAAGACUGAGAAGCAAGGAGUUCAUGGAAGGGACCACAGCCACGCUGCACUGUGAGCUGAGCAAGGAGGCCCCCGUGGAGUGGAGGAAGGGACCCGAGACCCUGAGAGCUGGGGACAGAGUGAGCCUGAGGCAGGAUGGAGUCAUGUGUGAGCUGGAGAUCCGUGGCCUGAUGGUGGCAGAUGCUGGAGAGUACUCAUGCGUAUGUGGGCAGGAGAGAACAUCGGCCACACUGACCGUCCAGGCCCUACCCACCAAGUUCACAAAGGGUCUGAGGAAGGAAGAGGCCACAGAGGGGGCCUCAGCCACGCUGCACUGUGAGCUGAGCAAGGCGGCCCCCGUGGAGUGGAGGAAAGGUUCUGAGGCCCUGAGAGCUGGGGACAGAGUGAGCCUGAGGCAGGAUGGAGCCACGUGUGAGCUGGAGAUCCGUGGCCUGACCGUGGCGGACGCUGGAGAGUACUCGUGCGUGUGUGGGCAGGAGAGAACAUCGGCCACACUCACCGUCAGGGCCCUGCCCGCCAAGUUCACAAAGGGUCUGAGGAAGGAAGAGGCCGCAGAGGGGGCCUCAGCCACGCUGCACUGUGAGCUGAGCAAGGCGGCCCCCGUGGAGUGGAGGAAAGGUUCUGAGGCCCUGAGAGCUGGGGACAGAGUGAGCCUGAGGCAGGAUGGAGCCACGUGUGAGCUGGAGAUCCGUGGCCUGACCGUGGCGGACGCUGGAGAGUACUCGUGCGUGUGUGGGCAGGAGAGAACAUCGGCCACACUCACCGUCAGGGCCCUGCCUGCCAAGUUCACAAAGGGUCUGAGGAAGGAAGAGGCCACAGAGGGGGCCUCAGCCACGCUGCACUGUGAGCUGAGCAAGGCGGCCCCCGUGGAGUGGAGGAAAGGUUCUGAGGCCCUGAGAGCUGGGGACAGAGUGAGCCUGAGGCAGGAUGGAGCCACGUGUGAGCUGGAGAUCCGUGGCCUGACCGUGGCGGACGCUGGAGAGUACUCGUGCGUGUGUGGGCAGGAGAGAACAUCGGCCACACUCACCGUCAGGGCCCUGCCCGCCAAGUUCACAAAGGGUCUGAGGAAGGAAGAGGCCGCAGAGGGGGCCUCAGCCACGCUGCACUGUGAGCUGAGCAAGGCGGCCCCCGUGGAGUGGAGGAAAGGUUCUGAGGCCCUGAGAGCUGGGGACAGAGUGAGCCUGAGGCAGGAUGGAGCCACGUGUGAGCUGGAGAUCCGUGGCCUGACCGUGGCGGACGCUGGAGAGUACUCGUGCGUGUGUGGGCAGGAGAGAACAUCGGCCACACUCACCGUCAGGGCCCUGCCUGCCAAGUUCACAAAGGGUCUGAGGAAGGAAGAGGCCACAGAGGGGGCCUCAGCCACGCUGCACUGUGAGCUGAGCAAGGCGGCCCCCGUGGAGUGGAGGAAAGGUUCUGAGGCCCUGAGAGCUGGGGACAGAGUGAGCCUGAGGCAGGAUGGAGCCACGUGUGAGCUGGAGAUCCGUGGCCUGACCGUGGCGGACGCUGGAGAGUACUCGUGCGUGUGUGGGCAGGAGAGAACAUCGGCCACACUCACCGUCAGGGCCCUGCCCGCCAAGUUCACAAAGGGUCUGAGGAAGGAAGAGGCCGCAGAGGGGGCCUCAGCCACGCUGCACUGUGAGCUGAGCAAGGCGGCCCCCGUGGAGUGGAGGAAAGGUUCUGAGGCCCUGAGAGCUGGGGACAGAGUGAGCCUGAGGCAGGAUGGAGCCACGUGUGAGCUGGAGAUCCGUGGCCUGACCGUGGCGGACGCUGGAGAGUACUCGUGCGUGUGUGGGCAGGAGAGAACAUCGGCCACACUCACCGUCAGGGCCCUGCCCGCCAAGUUCACAAAGGGUCUGAGGAAGGAAGAGGCCGCAGAGGGGGCCUCAGCCACGCUGCACUGUGAGCUGAGCAAGGCGGCCCCCGUGGAGUGGAGGAAAGGUUCUGAGGCCCUGAGAGCUGGGGACAGAGUGAGCCUGAGGCAGGAUGGAGCCACGUGUGAGCUGGAGAUCCGUGGCCUGACCGUGGCGGACGCUGGAGAGUACUCGUGCGUGUGUGGGCAGGAGAGAACAUCGGCCACACUCACCGUCAGGGCCCUGCCCGCCAAGUUCACAAAGGGUCUGAGGAAGGAAGAGGCCGCAGAGGGGGCCUCAGCCACGCUGCACUGUGAGCUGAGCAAGGCGGCCCCCGUGGAGUGGAGGAAAGGUUCUGAGGCCCUGAGAGCUGGGGACAGAGUGAGCCUGAGGCAGGAUGGAGCCACGUGUGAGCUGGAGAUCCGUGGCCUGACCGUGGCGGACGCUGGAGAGUACUCGUGCGUGUGUGGGCAGGAGAGAACAUCGGCCACACUCACCGUCAGGGCCCUGCCCGCCAAGUUCACAAAGGGUCUGAGGAAGGAAGAGGCCACAGAGGGGGCCUCAGCCACGCUGCACUGUGAGCUGAGCAAGGCGGCCCCCGUGGAGUGGAGGAAAGGUUCUGAGGCCCUGAGAGCUGGGGACAGAGUGAGCCUGAGGCAGGAUGGAGCCACGUGUGAGCUGGAGAUCCGUGGCCUGACCGUGGCGGACGCUGGAGAGUACUCGUGCGUGUGUGGGCAGGAGAGAACAUCGGCCACACUCACCGUCAGGGCCCUGCCCGCCAAGUUCACAAAGGGUCUGAGGAAGGAAGAGGCCGCAGAGGGGGCCUCAGCCACGCUGCACUGUGAGCUGAGCAAGGCGGCCCCCGUGGAGUGGAGGAAAGGUUCUGAGGCCCUGAGAGCUGGGGACAGAGUGAGCCUGAGGCAGGAUGGAGCCACGUGUGAGCUGGAGAUCCGUGGCCUGACCGUGGCGGACGCUGGAGAGUACUCGUGCGUGUGUGGGCAGGAGAGAACAUCGGCCACACUCACCGUCAGGGCCCUGCCUGCCAAGUUCACAAAGGGUCUGAGGAAGGAAGAGGCCACAGAGGGGGCCUCAGCCACGCUGCACUGUGAGCUGAGCAAGGCGGCCCCCGUGGAGUGGAGGAAAGGUUCUGAGGCCCUGAGAGCUGGGGACAGAGUGAGCCUGAGGCAGGAUGGAGCCACGUGUGAGCUGGAGAUCCGUGGCCUGACCGUGGCGGACGCUGGAGAGUACUCGUGCGUGUGUGGGCAGGAGAGAACCUCGGCCACACUCACCGUCACGGCCCUGCCUGCUGAGUUCAUAAGAAGACUGAGAAGCAAGGAGUUCAUGGAAGGGACCACAGCCACGCUGCACUGUGAGCUGAGCAAGGAGGCCCCCGUGGAGUGGAGGAAGGGACCCGAGACCCUGAGAACUGGGGACAGAGUGAGCCUGAGGCAGGAUGGAGUCAUGUGUGAGCUGGAGAUCCGUGGCCUGAUGGUGGCAGAUGCUGGAGAGUACUCAUGCGUAUGUGGGCAGGAGAGAACAUCGGCCACACUGACCGUCCAGGCCCUGCCCUCCAAGUUCACAAAGGGUCUGAGGAUGGAAGAGGCCAUGGAAGGUGCUAUGGCCACACUGCACUGUGAACUGAGCAAGGCAUCCCCUGUGGAAUGGAGAAAGGGGCCUGAGAUCCUCAGACCUGGGGACAGAGUGAGCCUGAGGCAGGAUGGAGUUGUGUGCGAGCUGGAGAUCUGUGACUUGACUGUGGCGGACACUGGCGAGUACUCGUGUGUGUGCGGGCAGGAGAAGACCUCGGCCAUGCUGACUGUCAAGGCCCCAGAGGUGUUCAGGAAGCCACUGCAGAGCCUGCAGGCUGAGGAGGGCAACUCAGCCAGCCUGAGAUGUGAGCUGUCUGAGCCCAGCUCCACUGUGGUUUGGAGUAAGGGUGGCCUGGAGCUGCAGGCUGACAGACGCCGGGAGCCACAGCAGCGGGGCCACAUUGCAGAGCUGGUGCUUCGAGAUUUGCGCCGGGAGGAUUCUGGAGAAUAUACUUGCACCUGCGGCUCCCAGGCCACCAGUGCAACCCUCACUGUCACAGCUGCACCCGUGAGGUUCCUUCAGGAGCUGCAGGCCCAGGAGGUAGAUGAGGGUGCAACGGCACACCUGCGCUGUGAGCUGAGCCGGGCAGGUGCCAGUGUGGAGUGGCGCAAGGGCUCCCUGCAGCUCUUCCCCUGUGCCAAGUACCAGAUGGUUCUGGAGGGCACAACUGCCGAGUUGCUGGUACACGGAGCUGAGCAGGAGGACGCUGGUCACUACACCUGUGACACAGGUCAUAUGCAGAGCACUGCCAGCCUCUCUGUCCGCGCCCUCCAGCCUGUGUUUAAGACAGAGCUGCAGAAUGCAGAGCAGGAGGCAGGUGGUGUAGCCCGGCUGUGCUGCCAGCUGAACAACUCAGAGCUUGGGGCCCCUGUGCUGUGGCUCAAAGAGGGUGUGGAACUGCAAGUGAGUUCCAAGUAUGAGAUGAGGCGCAAGGGGGCCACCUGCGAGCUGCUGAUCCAUGGGCUCGAGGCCAAGGACACGGGGGAGUAUACCUGCAUGGUGGGCAGCCAGAAAACCUUGGCUUCCCUCAAAGUCAAAGAGCCUGAAGUGACCAUUGUGAGGGGCCUGGUUGACAUUGAGGUGCAGGCUGAUGAGGAAGCAGAGUUCAGCUGUGAGGUGUCGCGGGCCGGGGCCAUGGAUGUGGAGUGGCGCCUCCAGGGCUUGCCACUGCAGACCAAUGAGGUGACAGAGGUGGCCGUGCAGGGUGGCUGCAUCCAUACACUGAAGCUGAAGAGUGUGACUCCCGAGGAUGCAGGCACUGUCUCCUUCCAUGUGGGCCUCCACACAUCCACUGCCCAGCUCACUGUCCGAGCCCCUGAGGUGACCAUCCUGGAGCCCCUGAAGGACGUGCAUCUCAGCGAGGGCCAGGAUGCCCACUUCCGUUGCCGGCUGUCCCGGGCCUUGGGCCAGGAGGCCCACUGGGCCCUGGGAGGAGUGCCCCUUCAGGCCAAUGAGAUGAACGACAUCACGGUGGAGCAUGGCACACUCCACUUGCUCACCCUGCACAAGGUGACCCUUGAGGAUGCUGGAACCAUCAGUUUCCAAGUGGGCUCAUGUCGCUCAGAGGCCCAGCUGAAGGUCACAGCCAAGAACUCUGUGGUGAGGGGCCUGGAGAACGUGGAGGCACCUGAGGGUGGUGAGGCGCUGUUUGAGUGCUUGUUGUCCCGGCCAGAGGUGGCCGCCCACACCUGGCUGCUGGAUGAUGAACCGGUUCACACCUCUGAGAAUGCCGAGGUGGUCUACUUCGAGAAUGGCUUGCGACACCUGCUGCUGCUCAAGAACCUGCGGCCCCAGGAUAGCUGUCGAGUGACCUUCCUGGCAGGGGACAUGGUGACAUCUGCGUUCCUCACAGUGAGAGGCUGGCGCUUGGAGGUCCUGGAGGCCCCCCAGGACGUGGCCGUGCGAGCUGGUGGGCAGGCCAGCUUCAGUUGCGUGCUCAGCGAGGCAGUUCCUGUGGGCGAGGCGACCUGGUACAUCAAUGGAGCUGUAGUGCAGCCAGACGACAGGGACUGGACGGUCACCGCUGACGGCAGCCAGCAUGCCCUGCUGCUGCACCAGGCCCAGCCACACCAUGCUGGUGAGGUCACCUUUGCUGCCCGUGAUGCUGUGGCCUCCGCACGGCUCACUGUGCUGGGCCUCCCUGACCCCCCUGAGGACGCAGAGGUGGUGGGGCGCAGCAGUAGCUCCGUGACAUUGUCUUGGGUGGCUCCUGCGAGCGAUGGAGGAGGCGGUCUUUGUGGCUAUAGGGUGGAGAUGAAGUCAGCGGCCACAGGAGAGUGGCAGCUGUGCCAUGAGCUGGUGCCAGGGCCUGAGUGUGUGGUGGAUGGUCUGGCCCCCGGGGAGACCUACCGCUUCCGUGUGGCUGCAGUGAGCCCAGCAGGCUCUGGGGAGCCUGUGUACCUGCCCCAGACAGUGAGGCUUGCAGAGCCCCUGGAACCCAUGACUGUGCCCCCUGCCCCCGAGAGCCGGCAGGUGGCAGCUGGGGAGGAUUUGUGUCUGGAGUGUGAGGUGGCUGAGGCUGGUGAGGUUGUCUGGCUGAAGGGAACAGAGCGCAUCCAGCCCAGCGGGCGUGUCCAGAUUCUCUGCCAGGGGCAGCGGCAGAUGCUGUUGAUCCGGGGCUUCUCACCAGAGGACCAGGGCGAGUACCGCUGCAGCCCUGCCCGGGACUCGGCCUCUAUGGCAGCAACUUCCUUCCAGGUGGUGCUGACCCCAGGAUCUGGGGAUGAGGUCCCCACACAGCCCAGCCUGCCCCCUGAGGCAGCUCAGGAAGGUGACCUGCACCUGCUGUGGGAGGCCCUAGCCCGGAAGCGCCGUAUGAGCCGUGAGCCUACGCUGGACUCCAUCAGCGAGCUGCCUGAGGAGGAUGGACGCCCUCAGUGCCUGCAGCAGGAGGUGGAGGAGGUGGCUCCUGACCUCUCUGAGGACUAUUCCACGGCUGACGAACUGGCACGCACUGGAGAGGCUGACCUCUCACACACCAGUUCUGAUGAUGAGUCCCGUGCAGGCACUCCUUCCUUGGUUACCUACCUCAAGAAGGCUGGGCGGCCCAGUGCCUCACCACUGACCAGCAAGGUUGGCGUCCCAGCAGCACCCUCUGGGAAGCCACAGAAACAGCAGGAGAAGCCAGCUGCAGUGCACCCACCACCAGGAGCCUUGAGCAUUGGAGACCUGAGUGACCCAUCCAUGGACAAGGCAGCAGUGAAGAUCCAGGCUGCCUUCAAGGGUUAUAAGGUCCGGAAGGAGAUGCAGCAGCAGGAGGGGCCUCUGUUCUGCCGCACAUUUGGGGACACUGUAGCACAGGUGGGAGAUGUCUUGCAUCUGGAGUGUGUAGUAUCCAGCAAGACAGAUGUGCGUGCCCACUGGCUAAAAGACGGUGUGGAGCUGACUGAUGGCCGGCACCAUCACAUUGACCAGCUUGGGGAUGGCACCUGCUCUCUGCUGGUCACUAGCUUGGGCCAGGCCGAUGCUGGCCGCUAUACCUGUCAGGUGAGCAACAAGUUUGGCCAUGUGGCCCACAGUGCCUGUGUGGUGGUCAGUGGGACAGAAAGUGAGACUGAGAGUUCUUCUGGUGGUGAACUGGAUGACACUUUCCGCCGGGCAGCCCGGAGGCUGCACCGCCUCUUCCGCACCAAGGGCCCAGCAGAGGUUUCAGAUGAGGAGAUCUUCUUCAGUGCUGAUGAGGGCAAGGAAGAGCCUGAGGAGCCUGGGGACUGGCAGACAUACCAUGAAGAUGAGCACUUUGUCUGCAUCCGCUUCGAGACACUUGUCGAGGCCCGCCGUGCAGUCACCUGCUUCCGGGAGAUGUUUGGCACCAUGGGCAUUGGAGUGGACAUCAGCCUGUCAGAGCAGGGGCCGCGUGGGGUGGAGAUGCGCAUUGGCAAGGUGGCCCCCACCUCCGUAGCACCUCCAGAGCCAGUGCUGACCACAGAGGCUGAUGAGUCUGCAAGCUGCCUGGAUCAGGAGUGGGAUGAGAGGAGGAUCGAAGCCAGUGGCAGUGACCAAGCCCCGGUGUUCCUGACUGAGCUUCAGAAUCAGGAGGUGCUGGAUGGGUACCCUGUGAGCUUUGACUGUGUGGUGACAGGCCAGCCUGUGCCCAGUGUGCGCUGGUUCAAGGAUGGGAGGGUGUUGGAGGAAGAUGACCACUAUAUGAUCAGUGAGGACCAGCAGGGCGGCCAUCAGCUCAUCAUCACAGCUGUGGUGCCGGCAGACAUGGGUGUCUACCGCUGCCUGGCUGAGAACAGCGUGGGUGUGUCCUCCACCAAAGCGGAGCUCCGUGUGGACUUGACCAGCACUGACUAUGAAACUGCUGCAGAUGCUACGGAGACGUCAUCCUAUUUCAGCGCCCAGGGCUACCUGUCCAGCCGGGAGCAGGAGGGCACUGAGUCUACCUCAGAGGAGGGGCAGCUGCCCCAGGUGGUGCAGGAGUUGAAAGACCUCCAGGUGGCCCCUGGCACGAGCCUGGCCAAGUUCCAGGUCAAGGUGAAAGGCUACCCCACACCCCGACUGUACUGGUUCAAAGAUGGGCAGCCCCUGACUGCAUCUGAACAUAUCCGCAUGGCCGACAGGAAGACACUGCACACCCUAGAGAUUGUCUCAGUCACUAGCAAGGAUGCUGGCCAGUACUCGGCCUACAUCAGCAACACUGUGGGUGCUGCUUAUUCAUCUGCUCGGCUGCUGGUCCGAGACCCUGGCAAGCCAGAAGAGAAGCCAACAUCAGAUAUACACCAACAGCUGGUGCCACCCCGAUUCCUGGAGAAGUUCACCUUCAAGAAGGUGAAGAAGGGCUCCAGUAUCACCUUCUCAGUGAAGGUUGAAGGAAACCCACCUCCAGAUGUGCAUUGGCUGCGAGAAGAGGCCGAGCAGGGUGUGCUGUGGAUCGACCGCCACACUCCGGGUUACACAGUGGCCAGCUCUGCCCAGCAGCACAGCCUGGUCCUGCUGGAUGUGGGCCGACAGCACCAGGGCACCUAUACCUGCAUCGCCACCAACGCUGCUGGCCAGGCCCUCUGUUCUGCAGGCCUGCAUGUCUCUGGCUUACCUAAGGAGGUGGGGACAGCAGAGGAGCAGGCCGGGGUUAAGGAGGCCCUCAUCUCCACCUUCCUGCAUGGGACCCAAGCUGUUUCCACCCAGAUGUCGGAACCUGCAGGUUUCACCGAGCUUGCUGGGCAGAGGAAAGGAGAACCCUCAGCGGCAGAGGCCCGUAGCCACCUGUCAUUGGCUGAAGUGGGAACAGAGGAGUUCCUGAAGAAGCUCACUUCUCAGAUCACAGAGAUGGUGUCAGCCAAGAUCACUCAGGCCAAGCUGCAGGUUCCUGGAGCUGACAGUGAUGAGGAGUCCAAGACGCCGUCUGCAUCCCCCCGGCAUGGCCGCUCACGCCCCUCCUCCAGCGUCCAGGAGUCGUCCUCAGAGUCAGAGGAUGGAGACUCCCGGGGCGAGAUCUUUGACAUCUAUGUGGUCACAGCUGACUACCUGCCCCUGGGGGCUGAGCAGGAUGCCAUCUUGCUGCGGGAAGGCCAGUAUGUGGAGGUGCUGGACUCGGCCCACCCACUGCGUUGGCUCGUGCGUACCAAACCCACCAAGUCCAGCCCCUCCCGGCAAGGCUGGGUGUCCCCUGCCUACCUGGACAAGAGGCUGAAGCUGUCACCUGAGUGGGGGCCAGCUGAGGCCCCAGAGUUUCCUGGGGAGGCUCUAUCAGAGGAUGAGUACAAGAUGAGGCUGAGCUCCAUCAUCCGGGAGCUGCUGAGCUCAGAGCAGGCCUUUGUGGGCAAACUGCAGUUCCUGCAGAGCCACCAUAUGCAGUACCUGGACCACUGCCCCCACGUACCGACAGCUGUGGCCAGUCAGAAGGCAGUUAUCUUCCGAAAUGUGCAAGACAUCAGCCACUUUCACAGCAGCUUCUUAAAAGAGCUGCAUAGCUGUGACACGGAUGAUGAUGUGGCCAUGUGCUUCAUCAAGAACCAGGCGGCCUUUGAGAAGUAUCUGGAGUUCCUGGUGGGCCGAGUGCAGGCUGAGUCGGUGAUGGUUAGCACAGCCGUGCAGGAGUUCUACAAGAAGUACACUGAGGAGGUGCUAUCAGCCGAAGACCCCUCACAGCCACCCCCACCACCACUGCAGCACUUCCUGGAGCAGCCAGUGGAGCGGGUCCAGCAGUACCAGGCCCUGCUCAAGGAGCUGAUCCGUAAUAAGGCUCGGAAUGGGCAGAACUGCGCACUGCUAGAGCAGGCCUAUGCGGUGGUGUCGGCCCUGCCACAGCGUGCUGAGAACCAGCUGCACGUGUCACUCAUGGAGAACUACCCGGGCACCCUGGAGGCCCUGGGUGAACCCAUCCGCCAGGGCCACUUCAUUGUGUGGGAAGGGGCACCAGGUGCACGGAUGCCAUGGAAGGGCCACCACCGGCAUGUCUUCCUGUUCCGCCACCACCUGGUGGUCUGCAAACCCAGGAGGGACUCGCGCACUGACACCUUCAGCUACGUCUUCCGGAACAUGAUGAAGCUGAGCAGCAUUGACGUGAACGACCAGGUGGAAGGUGAUGACCGUGCCUUCGAGGUUUGGCAUGAGCGGGAGGACUCGGUACGCAAGUACCUGCUACAGGCGCGGACAGUCAUCACUAAGAGCUCCUGGGUGAAGGAGAUCUGCGGCAUCCAGCAGCGCUUGGCCCUGCCUGUCUGGCGUCCCCCCGAUUUUGAAGAGGAGCUGGCAGACUGCACGGCCAAAUUGGGUGAGACAGUCAAGCUGGCCUGCCGUGUGACGGGCACACCCAAGCCCAUUGUCAGCUGGUACAAAGAUGGGAAGCCAGUGGAGGUGGACCCUCACCAUAUCCUCAUUGAAGAUCCUGAUGGCUCGUGUGCCCUCAUCCUGGACAACCUGACCGGUAUUGACUCCGGUCAGUAUAUGUGCUUUGCAGCCAGUGCUGCUGGCAAUGCCAGCACCCUCGGCAAGAUCCUAGUGCAAGUGCCCCCUCGGUUUGUGAAAAAGGUCCGAGCAGUGCCCUUUGUGGAGGGAGAAGAUGCCCAGAUCACCUGCACCAUUGAAGGUGCCCCAUACCCUCGGAUCAGGUGGUACAAGGAUGGAACCCUGUUGACCUCUGGGGGAAAAUACCAGAUCCUGAGUGAGCCCCGCAGUGGCCUACUGGUGCUGGAGAUUCAGGCAGCUGGCAAGGAGGACCUAGGCUUCUAUGAGUGUGAGUUGGUGAACUGGCUGGGCUCAAAGCGGGGUGGUGCAGAACUGUUCAUGCAGAGCCCAGCACUGCAGGCUCGACAACAGCACCGCAAGGAGCAGCUUGCUGCUGUGGAAGAGACUGCCCUGGGGCAAGUGGAUCAAGCAUUCACAUCCACCCAGAGGACACUGUUGUACCCUGAAGCUCUGGGACCCUCUAUAGGUGACCAUACUAACCUGGGCCCCGGACCUGGGGGGCCACCUGGACUCCAGGAGGCUGGCCUGAAACCCCCGGGUGUGGAGGCUGCAGAUGCAUCUGGCGAGCCCCAGAAGGUGCCCCAAGCUCUCUCCCAUAAGGGCCUGGAGCAGGACACACAGACACAUGCUGAGGCCCAGGAACGCAUUGUGCCCAUCCGGAUGGAGGGUGCUGCCUGGCCCGAGGCAGGUGCAACAGAGCUCUGGGACAUCCACAGCCAUGUGUUCACAGAGACCACUCACAGUACAUAUGUGUACCAGGCCAGCGACAUGGGUGCCACAAGGCCCCCAUCCAUGCAGGUCACCAUUGAGGAUGUGCAGGCCCAGAGGGGUGGCAUGGCACAGUUCCAAGCAGUCAUUGAGGGCAACCCGCAACCCACAGUGACUUGGUACAAGGAUGGCACCCAGCUGGUGGACGGACCCCAGCUCAGCCAGCAGCAGGAAGGGACCACAUACUCCCUGGUGCUAAGGGAUGUGGCUCAGCGUGAUGCUGGUGUCUACACAUGCCUGGCCAAAAAUGCUGGUGGUCAGGUGCUAUGCAAGGCAGAGCUGCUGGUUCAUGGGGGGGACAGUGAGCAAAGCUCUAGGAGGAAACUACACUCCUUCUAUGAAGUCAAGGAAGAAAUUGGAAGGGGUGUGUUCGGCUUCGUGAAGAGGGUGCAGCACAAGGGCAACCAGAUGUCCUGCGCAGCCAAGUUCAUUCCCCUGAGGAGCAAGACACGCACCCAGGCUUAUCGGGAGCGAGACAUCCUGGCAGAGCUAAGCCACCCACUGGUCACCACGCUGCUGGAUCAGUUUGAGACCCGCAAGACCCUGAUACUAGUCAUGGAGCUGUGCUCGUCAGAGGAGCUGCUGGACCGCCUGUUCAAGAAGAGUGUAGUGACAGAGGCCGAGGUCAAGGUCUACAUCCAGCAGCUGGUGGAGGGGCUGCACUACCUGCACAGCCAUGGCGUCCUCCACCUGGACAUAAAGCCCCCCAACAUCCUGAUGGUGCAUCCUGCUCGGGAAGACAUUAAAAUCUGCGAUUUUGGCUUUGCCCAAAAAAUCACCCCAGCAGAGCCACAGUACAGCCAGUAUGGCUCCCCUGAGUUUGUGGCCCCUGAGAUCAUCAAGCAGACCCCAGUGAGCGAGGCCUCUGACAUCUGGGCCAUGGGGGUCAUCUCUUACCUCAGCCUGACCUGCUCAUCCCCAUUUGCUGGUGAGAGUGACCGAGCAACCCUCCUGAAUGUCCUGGAAGGGCGAGUGUCCUGGAGCAGCCCCAUGGCUGCCCACCUCAGUGAGGAUGCCCAGGACUUUAUCAAGGCUACUCUGCAGAGGGCUGUGGAGGCCCGGCCCAGUGCUGCUAAGUGCCUUGCCCACCCUUGGUUCCAGAAGUCUGUGCCUGCAGAGGAGGCCCACUUCAUCAACACCAAGCAGCUGAAGUUCCUCCUGGCCCGCAGCCGCUGGCAGCGUUCCCUGAUGAGCUACAAGUCCAUCCUGGUGAUGCGCUCCAUCCCAGAACUGCUCCAGGGCCCACCUGACAGCCCAUCCCUCGGGGUGGCCCGGCACCUGCAUGGCGACGUCAGCGCCUCCUCCAGCAGCUCUUCCUCCUCCGACAACGAGCUGGCACUGUUCGCCCGGGCAAAGUCACUGCCACCCUCCCCAGUGACCCACUCACCGCUGCUGCAUCCCCGGGGCUUCUUGCGGCCUUCAGCCAGCCUGCCUGAGGAGGCUGAGGCCUGCCCACCCACUGCAGCUGCACCUCUGCCUGCAUUGCCCCAGGGUGCACAGCCACCAGCUGCCCCAGGCUGUGUGCCCCGGCAGAGUGUUAUCCGUAGCCUGUUCUACCAGCAGGUGGGCGAAGGCCCAGAGCUUGGGGGCCCGGUGUCAGUAAGCAGGCGGCACCCUGCUCGGCGGCGGCAUCUGCUUAAGGGUGGCUACUUCUCGAGUGCCCUGCCUGGCCUUCGAGAGCCCCUGUUGGAGCACCGUGCACUGGAGGAGGAGGCUGCCAGGGAGGAGCAGGCUGACUUGAUGACCAGAGCACCCUCCUUUGAGACCACCCUGCAGAUGCCCGGCACAGGCACCCAUGGGGCCUCUGGCCACAGCCGCUCCCUGGAUCUUGACUGGCCAAACACUUCCAGCUCCUCUGCCCAGGCCUGCAGCAAGGGGCAGUGUCCAGCUCUGACCCCCUUGAGCCUUCAGGGGGCCCAAAGAGAGAGAAUGCCUGGUGGGGAUGCACAUGCCAGGGAGAUGGAGCAUCCGGAGGGGUCCUUGCAGGGCCUGAGACUGUUCCCAUUGACUGGUGGUGAUGGGUGCUCCACUCAGCAAAAGGGGUCAUUCCAGGACAGCUAUGGAGGGCAGGGCGUCCCUGUCUUUCAACCCCAGUGGAGUUCUACCCCCCAGGAAGGCUGUGGCCCCCCUGCGGCUGUUGCCCCACAACCUCCUGGCUCCUUUCCUCCAGGGCACUGCACAGAGGCCCAGUUGACACUCCCGAGCCCUUUCUUUUCAGGAGAGCCGCAGGCCCCACUCUCCACAGCCCAAGCAAGCUCCCAGGCAGACUCUAAGAGUGGGCUGAAGGACAUCCCUCUCCCUGGGAGGCCUGAUGCCCCCAGCACCCCAGGGCCAGCCCCCCAAAUGGGCAGGGAGCCCAGCCCCUCCCUGGAUGCUGAAGGCCUGACCCAGGAGACGGAAGACCUGUCUCAGUCUUCACCUGGUCCACAGCGGCCUCAGGAACAGGCGACCACACGGAAGUUCUCCUUGGGAUACCGUGGGGGCUAUGCAGGGGUGGCGGGCUACGGCACCUUUGCCUUUGGUGGGGAUGCUGGCGGCAUGCUGGGGCAGGGACCUCUGUGGGCCAAGAUGGCCUGGGCCACCUCUCAGUCCUCAGAGGAGCAGGAGGACCAAGGGGCCCAGAGCCCACCACCCCAGGCCAGCACAGUGCCCCUACCUGAGGGUGGCAGGGCCCCUCUGAGGGGCUCCCAGGAAUUGAGCUCAUGGGAGGACUUAAGUGGAGGCUCCCAGGUGUCGCUUGUACAGAUCCGGGACCUGUCCAUGGACCCGGAAGCAGCUGACACUGUAUCCCUGGAUAUCUCAGAGGUGGAUCCUGCCUACCUCAACCUGUCUGACCUGUAUGACAUCAAAUAUCUCCCAUUUGAAUUCAUGAUCUUCAGGAAGGUCCCCAAGCCUGUGGAGCCAGAGUUGCCACCCUCCCCUGCAUCUGAGGCUGAGGAGGAUCUGGCUAAGCUCCCAGAGGCCGCGUGGCCCUGGCCAGGCAUGCAGGUUCCGCCAGCCAGCCUAGAGAUCACAGAGGAGCCAGAGGACAUGGAGGCCCUGCUCGGGGAGGCUGCUGGUGGCAGGAAGCGCAAGUGGUCACCCCCUUCCAGCAGCCUUUUCCACUUCCCAGGGAGGCACUCGCUGCUGGAGGAGCCGGUAGAGCUGGGUCUGCGCCAGAGGGUGAGGGCCUCGGUGGCCCACAUCUCCCGCCUCCUGAGGGGCAGGACUGAAGGUCCAGAGAAGGAGAGCCCCCCAAGGAAGAAGGCAGGCCUAACUUCUUUCCGGCUAUCAGGCCUGAAAAGCAAGGACCGAGCUCCAUCAUUCCUAAGGGAGCUCUCAGAUGAGAUGGUGGUCCUGGGCCAAUCUGUGACUCUGGCCUGCCAGGUAUCAGCCCAGCCAGCUGCGCAGGCCACCUGGAGUAAAGAUGGGACUCCUCUUGAGAGCAGCAGUCGCCUGCUCAUCUCUUCCACGCUCAAGAACUUCCAGCUUCUGACUCUCCUGGUGGUGACUGCAGAGGACCUGGGCGUGUACACCUGCAGUGUGAGCAACGCACUGGGGACAGCGGCCACCACAGCCAUCCUCCAGAAGGCAGAGCGUCCCUCCUUCUCCCCACGCCCGGACAUUGGUGAAGUCUAUGCUGAUGGGGUGCUGCUGGUCUGGAAGCCUGUGGAGUCAUGUGGCCCUGUGACCUAUAUUGUGCAGUGCAGCCUGGAAGGCGGCAGCUGGAGCACAUUGGCCUUGGACAUCUUUGACUGCUGCUACCUCACUGGCAAGCUUUCUCGGGGUGGGGUAUACACCUUCCGGACGGCCUGUGUCAGCAAGGCGGGCAUAGGCCCCUACAGCAGCCCCUCGGAGCAGAUCCUCUUGGGAGGACCCAGGCACCUGGCCUCUGAAGAGGAGAGUGGUGCCUCAGGACCGGCCCAGCCCCUCCCCAGCAUGCAGACCUUUGCCUUCCAGACACAAAUCAGAAGGGGCCGCUUCAGUGUGGUGAGGCAGUGCCAGGAGAAGGCCAGUGGGCGCGUGCUGGCUGCCAAGAUCGUGCCCUACCACACUGAGAACAGGACUGCCGUGCUUCAAGAAUAUGAGGCCCUCAAGGGCUUGCGCCACCCUCACCUGGCACAGUUGCAGGCUGCCUACCUCAGCCCCCGGCACCUGGUCCUCAUCUUGGAGUUGUGCUCUGGGCCUGAGCUGCUCCCCUGCCUGGCCGAGAGGGCCUCCUACUCAGAGACAGAGGUGAAGGACUAUCUAUGGCAGAUGCUGAGUGCCACUCAGUACCUGCACGCCCAGCGUAUCCUGCAUCUAGACCUCAGGUCCGAGAACAUGAUUGUCACUGAGUACAACCUGCUCAAGGUCAUCGACUUGGGAAAUGCCCGGAGUUUCACCCAGGAGAGUGUCCUGCCCUCAGAGCAGUUCAAGGACUAUGUGGAGACUAUGGCUCCAGAGCUCCUAGAGGGCCAGGGUGCUGUCCCACAGACUGAUAUCUGGGCCAUAGGUGUCACUGCCUUCAUCAUGCUGAGUGCUGAGUACCCAGUGAGCAGCGAGGGGACGAGAGACUUGCAGAAAGGCCUGCGCAAGGGGCUCAUCCAGCUGAGCCGCUGCUACGCGGGGCUCUCCGGGGGUGCCGUGGCCUUCCUCCGCAGCACCCUGUGUGCACACCCCUGGGGCCGACCAUGUGCGUCCAACUGUCUGCAGUGCCCGUGGCUGACAGAGGAGGGCCUAGCCAGCUCCCACCCAACGACUGUGACCUUUCCCACAGCACGUCUGCGCGCCUUUGUGCAAGAGCGUGAGAAGAGGCGGGCACUGCUGUACAAAAAGCACAACCUGACCCAAGUGCGCUGAACUCCUGGCACUCCUGGGACAUAUCUCUUAGUCUUCCAGACCUUGCUGCAUAUGCACAAACAUGUCAAUAAAAAGCAGAACCGAA